ACCCUUGCAGUGAGGGGGAGGUAAUUCCUUGCUACCAGUCCCUCCUGCACAAGGCAGGAUGCAGUCUAGCCUAAUAUUUGUUGAUCCAUAAUAGUCUGCGUAAGUGCUGUUUAGCAAAAACUUAGUGUUGUUUUUCUAUGGAUAAACCAUCCCUGUCGAUGCAAAUAUUUGCUGUUGCAAACUAUUACUGCACAUGCAACUGUGGGAGGUUGCCUGGUUUGCUGCUGAUUAGAUUUGUACAGUGAGUGACAGCCUUGGACAAAAUCCAAAUCAUACGUUAAUAUAAAUAUUAAUUAAACCAAUGUAAGUUAAUGCAGAAUAAACAGUAAUCAGCAGCUAACUCAACAACUGUAGUAAGCUGUCCACUCUAGCCACAGGAUUCUUUGUUAGAAGAUGCCUGAUAGAUGCAUCACAUUACAUGUUGUUUAGAGAAAGGGAACAAAAUCAUCGCCAAGUUAUUCUUAUGUCAAGGAAAAAUACAGUAAAGUUAUGGGCUUGAAAGUGCUCAAAAAAAAUUUAAGGAAGGCUUUUAAUAUUUUUUAUAACAGGAAAGGAGAGGCUGUCACUGGAAAAGAUCUGAAAAAAAAUCUUCUGAAUGCUACUUUAAAUAAGCAGAACCAUCUAGCAGCACGGUAUUUUUUUAUGAAACGGUAACUAAAGGAUGUUAAUAACUGUAUAACCCAUACAUUGGGUGCAUUCACUUAUUUUUAUUAAUUGAACGUACUUUGUAUUCUAUGCCUCAUUUAUUACAUUGUGUCAUAUUUGCUGUGACUGCCGGGGAAGGGUUACGAUAAAGUCAGAGGCAAUGAAGAUGGGUGCUCAUCUAACAGGUGCUCCACUCCCUUUGUUCUUUGUAUACACAUAUUCAAAUCACAUAAGGCAGGGGACAGGAUAGGGCCUGUUAACUCAUUGCUGAUUUCCCUAGCAAAUAAACCAGCAGCUGCAGGUCCAAGCCCUGGCUUAGCACUGAGAAGAAGGUGGGAUUUGUGUGGGACAGGAUGCUUUCAUGGAGCCCUUUAGCCAACUUCUUUUGGGACUUACAGUGCAAAAUAUAUUUUCUGCUUGUGGGUAUUUGUUCCGCCUUAAAGUUGACAGUGCCAUCUCAUACUAUCCAUGGUAUUGCAGGGCAACCACUCCAUCUUACUGUUGACUACAAUUUUAAUGCUACAGCUUCUGAAAUCCAGAUAAUUUGGCUUUUUGAGAGGCCUCAAAGUAAUCCAAAAUACUUGCUUGGCUCUGUAAAUCAAACAGUAGUUCCAGACUUGGAAUAUCAACACAAGUUUACCCUCAUGCCACCUAAUGCAUCUUUGAUGAUCAAUCCAUUGCGUAUCAGUGAUGAGGGCAAUUAUAUUGUAAAAGUCAAUGUCCGUGGAAACGGGACAAUAGCUGCCAGUCAAAAGAUUCAAGUAGCUGUUGAUGUUCCUGUCACAAAGCCAAUUGUACAUAGUGAACCAUCUUCAGGGGUAGUGGAGUAUGUAGGGAAUAUUACAUUAAAAUGUACUGUGGAAAAAGGUACAAGGGUAAUUUACCAGUGGAUGAAAAAUGGGAAGCCUCUCCAUGCCAGCCCUAAUUACACCUUUUCAUCAAACAAUGCAACAGUUCUAAUUGUUCCUGUUGUAAAAGAAGACAUUGGGAACUACAGCUGUCUGGUAUCUAACCCUGUCAGUGCACUGGAAAGUGAGAUAAUUGCACCAACCAUAUAUUAUGGACCUUAUGGACUUAGAGUUAAAUCAGAUAAAGGUCUGAAUAUAGGGGCAGUGUUUACAGUGGACAUGGGGGAAGUUAUACUGUUUGACUGCUCAGCAGAUUCAAAUCCACCAAAUACUUUUUUGUGGAUUCAAAGGGCUGACAAUACCACUCAUGUAAUCAAAUAUGGACCCCAUCUGGAAGUUGUAUCUGAUAAAGUGGCCCAGAAGACAAUAGAUUACAUGUGCUGUGCUUUCAACAAUGUGACUGGAAAACGAGAUGAAACUCACUUCACAGUCGUUGUUACUUCUGUAGGACUGGAAAAGCUGGCCCAGAAAGGAAAAUCUUUGUCAUCUCUUGCAGUAAUAACGGGAAUUUCAUUAUUUUUGAUCCUAGCUAUGGCCUUUUUAUUCAUAUGGAAAAGAUAUCAGCCACAUAAAGUGAUACAACAGAAGCUGCAGAGCAGGCCAGAAGCUGAUUACAGAAAGGCGCAGACAUUUUCAGGACAUGAAAGUGCUUUGGAUGACUUUGGGUUAUAUGAAUUUGUCGCUAUUCCUGAUCUUGCCAGUGGUUCUAGGGUUUCAAGCCAAUCUGUUCCUGGCUCUGACUUUGUCCCAGGCCAGGAUAUGCUUAGUACGGUUUAUGAAGUUAUUCAGCAUAUUCCUGAGCAGCCACAACAAGACCAUCAACAGUAA